AUGCAAGGCCUUUACCCUCCAACUCCGGAACUCGCCUCCUUCCGUGGCAUUUUGAGUUCUGCAACCGACGCCAACGGUCACUUGAUUGACUAUCCUCUCAACGGUUACCAGUACCCCGUCAUUUCAACUUACCGGGCGGAAGAUCCCAUGUCUGCACAUAUUUCCGGCCACAAGAACUGUCCACAGCACACCAACGCAGUCCGAGCCUUUGCUGCUUCUAAAGAGUUCCAUGACGUAUUCGAUAGCACCCAAGCCUUCUACUCGAAUAUUUACUCACGCAUACUUUUCGGCGUCUACUCUCGUGACAUGGCCAGUAUCUACCACGCCAAUACUGUUUAUGAGUACCUCAACUACCAGUACACCUACAAUUCAACUGCCAGAGACAUUAUUUCUCGCACCGAUGUAGACACAGCUCGUCAGUAUGCCAACCAGUGGGCACACGCAACCUCUACCGGCGCCGAUGUUCAUUGGUCAAAGGACAGAGUACUUGCUAUUGCAGGUAGAUCCCUAGCUUACCCCAUUAUGCGUUCACUUCAACAGAACGAGAGAAGCAAAGGGUCGUUCAAUAAGUUAUCCCUGAUUUUUGGUGGGUAUGAGCCCCUAAUGGCCUUCUUGGAAAUCGUUGUCUCAAAACCAUAUCGUGAGGGCUUGAGUGGCCUUCCCAACCACGGUGCAUCUGUUAUGCUUGAACUUUUCAGUAUGGCAGAAGAUGGAAUUGCAGAAUAUCCCACCGAUAACUCAAAGCUAAUGGUUCGACUUUUGAUCCGCAAUGGCACUGAUGCAUCUGACCCCGAAUCGCAAUUCAAACAAUACCCGAUGUUUGGAACCAACAACAAAGAGACUGCAAUGCCCUACAAAGACUUUGUCGACCAGAUGGUGUUCAACAUGAAAUCUACUUCCGAAUGGUGCCGCUCCUGCGAUGGCCAGGAAAACUUCUGCUACCAAUACGCACAACACAAGUCUACCAAGAAAUGCGACUUCACUACCCUUCCCCCUCUGGACACCGGUGCACUCAUUGGCCUUGGUGCAGUUUCGUUUGGGCUUCCAACUCUUGCACUUUCCUGCCUCUUUUGCAUGUGGCGAGGCCAUAGACACCGAAAGAAACUGCGAUGGAAUCAUGUUGACACUGAAAAUAACGCGAGCAUCAUCAACCCAGGAAGUUCUCGUGAUAUCAGGGUGUCAGCUCCAUCAAGCAUUGCUCCUAGCAACGAGAGUAAUGCAGGUAGUUACAACGAGGAUAUCGAGAUGCUCUUGAGCCCUGCCUGCCAACCGGUCAAGGUUCGUGACACUGUCUAA